UAUUUUUUACCUUACAUCGCCGCCUUUCUUAUUUCCCGAGAAAUUUUCUCCACAGAGAACCAAACAGUAAGAUUUUCUCGCCCUCAAGAUUUUCCAGAGAAAAACGAAAUGGAUUCCGCGCCAGUUAGUUGGGAAGCCCUCGACGCUCUGAUCGUCGAUUUUGCUAAAUCAGAGAACCUGCUCGAGGACUCAUUCUCUUCUUCUCCACCUUCUUCUCCUUCAUCAUCUUCUUGUUCUUCUUAUUCUUCUUCUACUUCGCUGUCCUCUUCGUCUUACCAUUCGAGGUUGACCAUAUCAAAGAUCAGACGCUCGUUAGAGGCCGGUGACAUUGACGCCGCCAUGGAUCUCCUCCGCUCCCACGCGCCUUCCAUUCUCGACGAUCGUCGGCUUCUCUUCCGGUUACAGAAGCAGAAAUUUAUUGAGCAGUUGAGAAAAGGAACUAGCGAAGGUCGCGACUCUGCAAUGGCUUGCCUGAGGACCGCUCUCGCUCCUUGUGCUCUUGAUGCCUACCCGGAAGCAUAUGAGGAAUUCAAGCAUGUUCUUCUUGCCUUUAUAUAUGACAAAGAUGAUAAAACUUCUCCAGUGGCAAACGAGUGGUCAGAAAGGAGGAGGUAUGACAUUGCUGGAUUGAUGUCCUCUGUCUUAAGAGCUCAUCUAAACACAUAUGAUCCAGUCUUUUCGAUGACAUUGAGAUAUCUGAUAACCAUACACAAAGGAUAUUGCUUUCGCCAAGGAAUUGUAUCGCCUGUUUCAGAUCUUACUCAGAGGUUGCUUCUUGAUGAGCGUGAUCCUCCUGCAAUAGCACGUGAGAGUCUCUAUGAAGCACCUCCUUUUGAUGAGGUGGAUGUACAAGCUCUUGCACAUGCUGUAGAGCUCACAAGACAGGGGGCAGUUGAUAGCUUGAGGUUUUCCAAGGGCGAUUUAUUUCUGGCAUUUCAGAAUGAAUUGUGUAGGAUGAGAUUGGAUGUUUCCAUGCUUGAUGAGCUUGUUUGUGAGUAUUGUGUUUAUAGGGGAAUCGUGGAUUCAGGCCUUGCAUCCACUUCUGCAUCAGAAAUGCAGGCAAUUUUGGAACCUAAAGUUAAUCAACUAGAGCCCAGGUGUAGUUCAUCAAGAAAUUGUUCUCUUGAAGUCGAUUCUGGUGCCAAUAAACAUUCUGAUGGAAUGGAUGUUGAGUUACGAUAUGCUUGUGAGCCAUCAAGCAACCAUGAAGACUGUAGCACCAGUGGAUUGCAUCAGUCUGAAAAUCCAAGAGCUCUGCAGAGAUAUAGAACCCAUGGAACUGGAGAGAGGAGCAAACGCAAGAGAUGGAGGGGAAGACAUGAUGAUAAAUGUGGCAUGUCUUUUGAUGAAUGCAAUGGACUAGAGCUUAGCACGACUACCCUGGUUUCCAGUUCUUAUACUUUAAAGGAACAACAGGGCUUAGGAAAACACUUCAUUUUAGAUGUUAACAGUAGGGAGGAUAAAUAUGAGAUUGUGCUGGGGUUGAAGGAACUAGCUAGGAAGGGAAUGGCUGCUGAGGUUGUGGAAGAGGUUAAUGCAAUGGAUCCUAACUUUUUUAUGCAAAAUCCUAUGUUAUUGUUCAAACUAAAGCAGGUUGAAUUCCUUAAGCUGGUCAGCUCUGGUGACUAUUCUAGUGCCCUGAGGGUUGCAUGCGCCCAUUUAGGCCCUUUAGCUGCUAGUGAUGCUACCUUACUGAAGCCCCUAAAGGAGACUUUGUUGGCAUUGCUCCGACCUAAUGAAGAUGCACUUGGGAAAGGCUUGCCUUUACAUGCCCUUUCAACUUCUCUCCAGGUUGCAAUUGGUAGCAGGCUUGGUAUCGAAGAACCCCAGCUUAUGAAAAUUAUGAAGGCAACUCUUUACUCUCAUAAUGAGUGGUUUAAACUUCAGAUGUGUAAAGAUCGGUUUGAAAGUCACUUGAGGAUUGAUUCCUUGAAAGAAGUUAACACACCCUUGCACCCGUCUGUUGCUAUGUCAAAUUUAAAUGCUGAUACUUCCACCCUUGGUUCUUCUCAAGUUACAAUAUCUUCAAGCGCUAAGAAUUCAGAAGACGGUAACAGUCCUACUCAAGCAUCAUCUAGGGAUGUCAUCUGCGAUGAGAAUUCCAUUCUUAAAGUAAUGGAGUUUCUUGCUUUGCCAAGGGCAGACGCCAUUCAUCUUCUUGCACAGUACAAUGGAAACGCAGAGAUGGUCAUUCAGCAAAUAUUCGCUUAGUUAGGAGUAUUAAAACUUGUACUAUAGCUGAAUGUAUUUGUUUAUUAAUUUUAUGGAUAUUAUUUGAUUCAAUUUGUGCUAUAUAUUUCCAUUUCAAGAUGUAGUUACAAGGGUGGAAGCCUUGCAUUCUAUAACUUCUCAAUGCAUCUUCUUAUUGUUUCUUGUACA